CGCAACUGGACAGUUUGUUUGAUAAUGAUAUGAACAAUAACCAAACUAAAAACAUAUCUGCACCGUCUGAAUUAUAUUCAGAUAUUUCUAGUGACGAAAGUUACGAUAGCGAUGAUGAAGCAUGUUCUGAGAAUGAAGUAGAUAAUGAUAUUGAAAAGGCAGAAAAUGAAAAUGUCUUAGAAUCCAUGAAAGACUUCAUUAGUACAGAUGAAAAGACAGGUCCAAAAAUUAAUUCUGGUUUAGCCUCAUACAUGAACCAGGGACUGAGGACACGAGUCAAUGAAGAAAAAUACAAAGAUCUCACAAAGAAAUAUGAUAAGCCUGCUAAUGUGAGCAGUCUAAAAGUCCCACGAGUCAACAUAGGUAUUUGGAAACAAAUGACACCACGGAAUAAAGAUGUGGAUGUAAAAUUACAACGUUUACAGAAUCUUUUGUCUAAAACAGCUUGCCCAUUGAUGUAUAUGAUGGAUAUGUUUGUGGAUAAAUCUUCAAAGAAAGAAGGAAUGUCUAGAGAGGAACUGCAAGCAUAUGCAGUUACGUGCAGAGAUACGUACCAGCUAUUUCAAGCUUGUUAUAGCGAAAUAACCUUCAGACGAAGGAGUUUCAUUAAGGGGGACAUUCAACCCCAGUAUAAAGGUCUGUGUGAUGAUACCACACAAGUCACUGACAUGCUGUUUGGGGACGAUAUUAAGGAAAAAAUCAAAGAGCUAGAUGCGGAGCAUAGUGUGUGUAAAAAAGUUGGGAAGGACCAUAAUUAUACGUAUGAUAAUCCCAAGAACUCAUAUCAGUCUUCUAACAGGGGACGUAGCCAUCAUGGCCAUGGAGGGCGUGGAUUUCCUCAUAAAUUUGGGAAAAGAAAACGCCACAUUGAUGGAGGAAAACCAAUCAAAAGAAUAAGGAAAUAUGAUGAUGAUGGUUUUUUAGACCGCAGCAAGACAUUCAACAAGAAGAAAAACAAAGACAAAAAGUAGAUCAUGUUAUUUCUGAUAGUGAUUCUGAUAGGGAAGAUAUUGCAAAAGGUGGACCAGGAUCAAGCGGACAUGACAUUAGUGGCACCAUUGUGGAACACUCAGAACUGGUUUCCACAAAUACUUCAUCGGAUUGUGGCACAGUCAUUUAUAAUAAACAGUCGAAAAAAUCUUCUUUAUCAACCCCAGAAUCCAACAAAAGAGCAUCAUUUAGUGAAAUUACGAUUAGCAGUUUUCAGGAUAUCGGGGAAAUCUUGCAAAAUUAUGGAUUAUCAAAAGAAUCUUCCGAAAUCAUCAUUGCAUCUUGGAAACCAGCUACUCGACAACAAUAUUGGACAUAUUUCAAAAGAUGGUUGUUAUUUUGCAGUGAACGAAAAAUUAAUUCAUUUAAAGCCACUGAGUUAAAUGUUUUAGAAUUUUUAACUUCGUUAUAUAAAAUAGGUUUAGGUUACAGUGCUAUUAAUACUGCCAGAAGUAUGUUAUCUUCAUUUAUGUCUGUAAAUCAAGAGAAAACUGUUGGGCAAUGGCCAUUGGUGAAGCGCUUUCUAAAAGGCAUAUUCAAUCUUAAGCCAUCAUUACCCAGAUAUCAAAGAACCUGGGAUGUUGAAGUCGUGCUUAAAUAUUUGAAGACAUUAACACCAGUUUAUAUGUUAUCUUUACGUGUUUUAUCAUAUAAGCUAGUUACACUGCUAUUAUUGUUAACAGGUCAAAGGUUACAAACCAUUCAUAGCUUAGAUUUAGAUGAUAUAACUGUUACAGAUAGUAACAUAUAUAUAGAUGUGAGAAGUUUAUUAAAAUGUUCAAAGCCAGGGAGGCAUUUACAACCAAUAGAGUUGCCAGCUUUUAUUGACGAUAAUAGUCUGUGUAUUGUAACUGUUCUAAAAGAGUAUUUAGUUAGAACAUCAUGUUUUCGGAAAACCCAAAAAUUAAUCUUGAGCUGUAUAAAACCAUAUUCUCAUGUGUCUAAAGACACUCUUGGACGUUGGGUUAAGAUUGUUUUGCAAACGUCUGGUGUAGACAUAACUAUAUACAAACCACAUAGUACUAGAUCAGCAAGUACAUCUGCAGCACUACGGUGUGCUACUUCAGUAGAUACUAUUUUAAAAGCGGCAGGUUGGUCAAAUGAAUCAACAUUCAGAAAAUUUUAUGAUAAACCUGUAUCUAAAUAAAAUUAUAAUGAUAAUUAUAGUGUGAAGGUUUUGAGAAGUCAUAUUUUAUCAAAUUCUGAUAAGUCUCAUGUAUAACAUGAAUAAUGAUAAUACAUAUGUUAGAUUUACAAUCAAUGACAUUUUAAAGUUUAACAUAACAUGUGCAUAUGUCAAUGUAUGUUUGAUUUACUUUACUUUUGUACUUUGAUAGAAUACAAAGUUGAUACAA